CACUCUGUGGGUUCUUUUCCCUAAAGGUCAUUUUUGUCAAUUUUGCCCCGAGCGGACGACCAGUCCUCCCUGUGCGCGACAGCUAGGGUUCAUAGCCGCCGCGGCCCACCGCCGCUGCUCGCCCAGUCGGCCGAAGCCUCCGCUGCCCCGCCGCAGGUACAGGAUCCCAGCAGAGCCUCCCUCCCACGGGCAGCCGUUCCCACCAGCAUCGCCUCCCUCCCUUGAGCAGGCGCUCUCGCCCAGCAACGCCGCCGAGCAGUCCAUAGGCAGGGCAUCAACAUUGCCAAUUGGAGGGGCUUGGAGCUGCUCCGGCAUCCACAGUAGAGCAAACAAGAAGGAGCCAGGUGUUGAUUGGAGAUGAAUGCCCCUGACCGCUAUGAGCGCUUCGUCGUGCCUGAGGGCACAAAGAAGGUGUCCUUCGAGAAGGAUACAAAGAUCAUGAAUGCUGCAUCUUUCACAAUUGAACGUGAAGACCACACCAUCGGCAACAUCCUCCGCAUGCAGUUGCACAGGGACCCAAAUGUUCACUUUGCUGGCUAUAAGCUGCCUCACCCCCUUCAGUACAAGAUCAUUGUUAGGAUCCAUACUGCAAGCCAAUCCUCCCCAACGCAGGCGUAUACCCAAGCAAUCAAUGAUCUAGACAAGGAGCUCGAGAACCUGAAGCAAGCUUUUGAGGACGAGAAGACGCGAUUCGAAAGUAUGAAGCAGGGCUACUAGGCUGGUUGUGUUGGAUGCGAAUUAACGUGAAACCUUCCUUGCUAGUCGAUGAGUCUCUGAACUCCUAGAAUGGCACGUGCGACCGGGAUUGUGUAAGAUUGUACGGUCGUUAAACAUGUGUUGGCACUUGAUACACCUGCUAGUUGAAUUGCUCGCUCUUGUGAGGUUGGAUAGUGAGACUAUGGCACGUGCGAGAUGGGGUGAUCUUUACAAAACUGCGUGGAUUCUCACAUGUGAUCAUGGAAACCGACUGCUUGGAGAUUGUAAAUCUCUAUAAAAUUCGUCACUAUAGCUUA